CUUCAGGUGAUCACACCCUUGUCGCUGCAACACCUGGUUCUUCCUUCAAGCUGUGCACAGAAGUUGACUCGAAGUUGACUUUGAACUAAGUUGUUAGUUAGUUAGUUAGUUUGUUUGUUUGUUUGUUUGUUUUCUGAAGCAGGACACUAAAUACUACCCGGUCAUCUUGGGUGUAUUCUUGUGUGAACACCUGAAGGGGGAAAAAAAAGAAGAUGGCUGCUAUCCUAUGUCUACGUUCUCUGUUUUACCUCAUAUGGAAAAUCUUCAGUUUUUGCUUUUUCUGCUUGGACGUGGUAUUGGACGUUCUGGCAGUUCACAAGCUUUAUCGGGAGCAAGACUAUGUCACUAUGUGGGUGCUGAUCUUUUUGUUGGUGGCGUCGUCUGUUCUGGUGCAAGUGUUCAGCUGGCUCUGGUAUGACUACAGCCCUGAGGAGCAAGCAGAUACAGGUAGCCUCACCAACCAUGUGUACCUGUACCUGUAUGUGAAGAACAGACGCCUCCUUGGAGUAUACCACGUGUUCCAAAUGGGAGUCAUUGUCAGGUAUGCCGGCGUGCUGGAGAUUGCUGUGCGAAACCUGACCAGGCGCCCCCCUCUGAAAGGGGGCAUCGCUGGCGACCUUAGACACGACCUCAGCUUGGUGCGUCUCUUCGAGUCCUUCACGGAGAACACCCCUCAGCUGCUUCUCACUCUCACCAUCCUGGCACGCAGAGAAGUGGUGGAUUGGAUCAUAGGUCCUAAGGCUCUGCUGUCAUUCAUUUCCAUUGCGUUCAAUGUGCUUACGUACCACCGCAACAUGCGCUCCGUGAACAAGAACAAGAGCCAGCUGGGGUGUUUCUCAUCUUUGGUCUACUUCCUCUGGAACCUCUUCCUGCUCAUCUCCCGAGUGGCUGCGCUGGCCCUGUGCGCCUAUGUGCUGCCCUUUGGGAUGCUCGCCAUGGGCCUGCACUUUCUCUUCUUGUGGCCCAUGCUCCUCUUCGGGGUCUGGCGUCUGAAAACCAACUUCAUGGAACACCCUGGCAAGGAAUGGCUCUACCGGGCCACCAUAGCUCUCAUCUGGUACUUCAACUGGUUCAGCCCAUGCAACAGCCGCUCCACAAAGAGGCACGUGAUCUAUCACAGCUUCAUAGCAGUGGACGUUGCGCUCCUCAUGCUGCUUUGGUGGUAUUUACGGGAUUCGACCGAGUCUUUCCUUGGCGAGGUGCCGGCGUGGGUUGUGUGUGUUGCAGUGGCUGUACUCUACUCAUUAGGAAUCAUGGUAAAAGUAUUAUACUACAGACUAUUCCAUCCUGAGCAUUCAGACUCUGACAAGUCGGGAUAUGAUGAAAGGGCUCCAGCGAAUUUAAAUGUUAUUGAGAUGGAAAGUUCGUCUGGUACUGAUGAGAGUGACUCUACCCCACCACAGCCGACUGGUGCUCAACGAAGGAGGCAGAAGAUGGCGGCCAACUUCUACUCAUAGCAGAACAGGCCACACACAGAGGCGCAUCUUGUCACCGGGCUAGGCAGGCAGCGACUUGGGGCCCCCAAGCCUCUGGGUGGUGAAUAACAGCUCACACUUUUGCUACAGUAGUGGAACAUUUCUUUCAAAUGAUCUCUCAUUUUGCUUGGGGCCCCGGCUGGACCUAGAGUCUCCUCUGGCCACACAAACAAACAUCCACCACAGUGUUCAAUUACAACUUCCCUCUUAUUUCUAUUGUCAGCCUCUUAUUUGUAUUGAGCAGAUUGUGUGGUGACACCCCCAAUGUCAAGAUUGCAUCUCGAAUUAAGGCAACUUUGGACAUAGCUAAUUAUUUUAGCAAGGCACUAUUUAAAAUUUUAUUUAUUUUUAGUAUGUUACAUUUUGCUAUGUAUUUUUAAUGCAUUUUUGCACAUGUUAAGAUGAUGGACAUUAUAACCAUCAUUUCUGUCUUGUUUUAAGUUGUAAUUGAAAUGUAGAGCCAUCCUCACCACAACAAUUCUCAGUAGACCUUACUCUGGCCAAUCUCACAUACUGAAGGACAUCUCAGAUGUGGGUUUAACCCAGUGGUUCUCAAACUUUUCCCAUCAUUCCCCCCCUCGGAAGGUCUGGAUACUUCUGAGCCCCCCAACAAAGAGGGGCUGCAGUGAAAUGCAGAUGUGUGUUCAUUUCCUAUAUGAUAUUUUACAUUUAAUUUCACAUUUAAAACAUAUUUGCUUGUUGACGAGACAGGGAAUAAUUUCCUUGGGGGGGAAAAAACCCAAAAUCAGAUGUCACACACACCCCCUGUGAUGCCUCCGCGCCCCCCCAGGGGGGCUUGCGCCCCACUUUGAGAAACCCUGGUUUAACCUAUAUCAAUAAGGUCGUUCAUGAUGAAGUCGUGCUGCAUAGGCAGCGAGCAUGCCCACUGCGUGCCGCGUGAUGCAUCCUGAUUAGAAGUUCAGUCCAGGGCGCGGCAUAAGGGAGUGACCUCUGGUGCCAGGUGAGAGCGCCUGCUCUGGCAUGGGACCUCGUCCAUGCCGUCAGUAAUCUACCCUGAUUGGCAUUCAUCUAUCUGACGUGAAUUGCGGAUGUAAUCCACAUGCUUGUGAGGCAGUUCACUCGCUGCUUCAAGUAGGAAGCAGUAUUUUUUACGUCUUGGGACAUUAGAUAUUUCUGCCCAUCUUGUUUGCCAAGCAUUCAACCCCACCUUUAUUAGGCCUAUACCAAGCAGAUCUCAUUGUGAACAAGCAAAUUCCCGCUUAGUUGCGAACGAGCCUGUUGAUCACUUUAUUUAAACAACACCGUUAAGACACAGCUCAGUGUGCUUUAAGUAAGGGUUAACGUUCGGCGAGAAGGUCGCUACCGUGGAAUAGCAGCACGACAGAGAGAAUCUUGUGUAGACCAACUCGUCCUUAUCUCAAAUAGGCCUAUCAGACGUGCGAACGUUGGGGAGCCCCAUUGAAAUGAAUGGAGCAUUCGACCGAUGACGUCACACCAUAUAAUAACAGCAGCCUAAAUAAAAGUAAAAGAAAACACAUGUUUGGCAGAGAAUUACGGUAUGAUAGUUGGCUAGGUUAAAGGUUAAAAAAGAAAAAUAUAUAUGAAAUGCCUCUGUAUGCUAUUGGAUGACGCUCCUACCAAUCACAGCACUCAUUCUGAUUACCGACAUACUGAAACCCCACCCAUUGGAUCUUUCAGUUGUGUCAUCAACUCACAUGACACAUGCCUUGUGUUAAAUACACAUGAACAGAAGGGCAUACGCUCAACAUGUCAUCAGUGAUUAAAAUGUGUUCUGCAUUUCAUUUGGUUACACACUUUAAAAGGAUCCAUCCAUCAGGCAAUGAAUGCUCAUAAAGAGCAUUUCAAAUAAUUUGUAUAUCAUUUGUAUAUAUUUUUUUAAAUUAUGUACAGUAUUUUGUAUGUGUAUUUCCAUUGGUCAUUUCGGAGUAACUAGAGUAGAGUAAAUUAGACUAGAGUAGAAAAACUUAUUACGGAAAUUAAGGUCAUCACAAAGUGAAGUCCACUGUGCAUGGUCCAGAGAAAAAGCCGUGCCCAAGUAUCCAUCGAAAGAGACAGGGUCACAAAUUGCACAUUAUUUGGACACGCCCACAACACACACACACGCACACGCACACACACACACACACAAAGCACAAAUUAAUAAAUAGGAAAAGUGAUUGUCCUGUAUUAAAGAGUCGCUCUGAGAAUGUAUGUGUCAUGUCA